AUGGAGCCCGGCAGAGCAAUAGAGUGGUUUUCCUCCAGGACUACGGGCAUAUGGACUAUUAGUCUUUUCACUCUCGGCUUGUUUGUUCUCGUAGUGGAUUACGGUCGCAUGCUAUAUCUGAGAUGGCGAAUGCCACCAGGACCGCUACCAUGGCCAGUCAUUGGAAACACAUUCAGUCUGCCAGAUGAAAAGCCUUGGUACCUUAUCGAGCAGCUUUCAAAGAAAUACAACUCCCCACUCGUCACGUUCUGGAUUGGGCGGAGACCUACAGUUUGGAUUAAUGACGCGUGGGCUGCAAACGAAAUUCUCGUGAAGCGGGCUAAUAUCUACAAUUCUCGGCCGCGUAUGCUGAUGUUUGCUGAGUUGAUGGGCGGUCAAUACAAUCUGUUGCAUAAAUACACGUACACGAAAGAGCAGCGCGAACGGUUUCGCGAUCUCAGGAAGAUUACCCAUCAGGGUGUUGGGAUACAGCAGAUACAACGUUACCGUAACCUGCAGGAUAAUGAAAAUAAGGUAGUAGUGUAUGACCUACUCACCACGCCAGACAAAUUCGUGUCACACUUCGAACGAUAUGCUACAAGCGUUGUGUCGAUAAUUGGCUUCGGACGCCGAAUUGGAGACUGCCAGGAUCCGUUGAUCACUGAAGUGAUCGCUCAGAUGCAAGACUCUGCACAAACGGCGGUCGUCGCUAAAGACUUUCCAAGGCUAAUGGAGACCUUCCCAUGGCUUGCAAAGUUUCCCCACUGGAUUGCUCCCUGGAAGCGUGGCACACGACGUUCCGUGAAGCCUACAUUGGGCCGGCAUGACUUCUUUUAUGCGUUGGCUGAAGAGGCCAACCAAAGUCCAGGUGAAAAUUAUGCCAAGUACCUUUUUCGUGAAGCGCCUCAGUACAAUCUUCAUCCGCUCGAGAUCUCCAAUCUCGCCGCAAACCUGCUCGGUGCCGGAGCAGACACAUCAAGUAGCACACUUAUUACAGCUAUACUAGCUAUGCGCGCAUUUCCUGAGACCCUUCAGCCUGCCUGGGAUGAAAUUGAUCGCGUAGUGGGCCGAGCACGGAGUCCAACUCUAGAUGAUGAUCUCCCAUACCUCCGCGCUUUCACCAAAGAAGUCUUCCGUUGGCGGUCCGUUGCGAUAAUCGGAGGCACGGCCCAUGCCCCUACCCAAGACGACUAUUGGAAUGGCUAUUACAUACCCAAGGGAACCUGGAUGCAGGGAAAUGUUUGGGCGAUACAUCACAAUGAGCGCGAGUUUCCCGAUCCUGAUCGCUUUAAUCCUAGGAGGUUCUUGGACACAGAUGACACAAGGCCGUUCCCGGGGGAGAAGGGCUACAUGACUUUUGGGUGGGGAAGAAGGAGCUGUGCUGGUCAAGCAUUGGCGGAGCAGGGAACACAUCUUAGUGUUGCACGAUUGGUGUGGGCAUAUAAGGUGGAGCCAGAGGUGGACAAGAACACGGGGAAGGAAAUUCCUGUCGACAUUUUCAACUACUCGAGCGGAUCGAACUGGAAGCCGCAGCCGUUCAAAGUCAAGUUUACACCAAGACAUGAGGAGAUCAAGCAAACUAUCAUGCUGGAGGGGAAGCAAGCACUGGACGAUUUGGCGAAGAUCAUGGUGGGACUCUUCUCAUUCUAUGUAAACCUUGGAAGCAUCAUUGGCUCCGUGAUCGACAACUACACGUCCCGCUACCUUUCUAAACUCUCUUACCAAAUUCCUCUCACUUGCAUGUUCAUUGUCCCGGUCUUACUCGGCACAGUUCUGUUCUUCGUCCCUGAAAGCCCACGAUGGCUUUUACACCACGACCAGCAUGAUGCAGCGCGCAAAUCAUUGGAGCGUCUCCGUUUCGACCACGACGACGAGCUGGAGCUAGAAUGGGCGGAGAUGGUCCGCGGUGUAGCUGAAGAGCGCAAACUUAGCCAUAGUUCGGGCUUUCUGGAUCUCUUCCGCGGCAACGACUUGAGACGGACAUUACUUUGUUGGGGUACGAUCGCAAGCCAGUCAGCCAGUGGAGUCUGGUUCUUCAUCGGGUACCAAACAUACUUCUUCACCAUCGCUGGUAUCACGAAAGCAUUUGAGUACACCAUCAUGAACUCGUGCAUUGGGUUCGUAGGUGUUCAUCUAGGUCUUUUCUCCAUGAACAAACUCUUUGGUAGGAGAACCAUCAUGAUUGCUGGGGCAGUAAUGUGCGGCUUGUGUGAGCUCGCUUGUGGGAUCGCGAGUAGUGCCAAACCUGAUUCUGUGGCGACCGGAAAUGUGUUGGUAGCUUUUACCGCCCUAUUCAUGUUUUGCUAUAAUGCCGGGGUGGGCGUUGCAACAAGUCCUCUGGCAACAGAGCUUGUUAGUUCGCGACUUCGCGCUUGGACAGUAGGAAGUGCAAAUGCGCUUGGGUACUUUCUUGCUUGGCUGGUCGGCUUCUGCUCACCCUACUUUAUCAACCCUCAGGACCUUGACUGGGGCCCACAGUAUACCUAUAUCUGGGCAGCUUCAAACUUCCUAUGCGUAAUAUGGUUCUACUUCUUUCUCCCUGAGACGAAAGCGCGAUCGUUGGAAGAGCUCGAUGAGAUCUUCGAAGCCAGUGUUGCAGCACGGAAAUUCAAGCAGUACGAGUGCAGAAUUGUGGAGGAUGCUAAAGAAGAUGUUUACGGACGUAAGACAUCUGAGAUGACAAAGCAAGUGGCGUAA